AUGUCUGUCGCGGGUCCUUCUCGACCUUCAGAUAGCUGGCAUCCUUCCCGAUAUCUAGAGCCAAAUCAUCCCGAUAAUGAAGAAGUGCAUGAACAAGCUUCCUAUCAAGCAGCUGUCACACGUCUGGCCAAUGAUGAGAGGAAGAGGGCGAGAUACAAACCUCGAAGAACCGUCGAUUUCACCAGCGGAGUGGUCAAAUGGCGUCAGCUGACAAAGCUCAAAAGCAUACCUGAUGUCCUACCUACCAUUCAUCCGAAUCCGUCAGAUAUCAUCAAUCUUCUCCCUCCCGCUGCACAUAGAACCAAUCCCUCCACUUCGAUAUGUGAUCAUUUCGUACAUACAUCCAUCAACAAAGAACGUUCCCCGACUAGAGUGGUAAAAUGGACACCUGAUGCACGUCGUCUUCUGACCGGCAAUGAUAAAGGACAAUUUACCCUUUGGAACGGAGCGUCAUUCAAUUAUGAAUCUAUCACUCAAGUACAUGACGAUUCAAUAAGAGCAAUGGCAUACUCUCAUAAUGGUCAAGCACUCGUCUCGACCGACAGAUUAGGAAUGAUCAAAUAUUUCACUCCUCAUUUGACCAACAUUCAUGGGUUUGCAGGACAUAGAGAGGCUUGUCAUGGUGUUUCUUGGAGUCCGAAUGAUGAGAGGUUUGUGACUGGUGGAGAUGAUGGAUUGGUCAAGAUCUGGGAUUAUAGAGAAGGGAAGGAGGAGAAGGUGUUGAGUGGACAUGGAUGGGAUGUCAGAUGUGUUGAUUGGCAUCCUUCAAAAGGUUUAGUGGUCAGUGGAAGUAAAGAUAUGUUGGUCAAAUUUUGGGACCCUAGGACGGGGAAGGAUUUGAGUACUUUACACUCCCACAAAUCAACCAUCAACACUUGUGCCUGGUCUCCUUCCGGUCAUCUAGUCGCUACAGCAGGAGGUGAUUCCACCGUCCGUCUCUUUGACAUUCGUACUUUCCGCGAACUUGAACCUCUGAAAGGUCAUACGAAAGAAAUCAACACAAUCGAAUGGCAUCCUAUCCAUCCAUCACUCUUCGUCACUGGUGAUGCGGCAGGAGCCAUAGCUUAUUGGUCUUUGGUCUCUCCUGAUCCGUCCAAACCCAUCAGCAUGUUAGAGUCCGCACAUGAAGAUGGUGUUUUCUCCCUUGCUUUUCAUCCCCUCGGUCAUCUUUUAUGUUCCGGAAGUAAAGAUUUCACUGCUAGGUUUUGGUGUAGAGCUCGUCCG